AGGUAUAAAAGCGUGUGAUUGUAGAGACGUGUCUUUAAUUUAUUGGACGACAUUGGCGAAAUCGAAUCUGUUUCUCAUCAAUUUUUACACGGAUUUUUCUUACAAUGGCCAUGCCGUCCGUCACCAGUCUCUCGCUAUUGUUAUUCUCUGCAUUUACUCUUACAGAAACAGAACAGUUCCAUUACAAAUAUGUGACGUGUGGUUCUACAUUAAAGUUGCUUAAUCCAUAUCACAAAGUCCGUUUACACUCUCAUGACAUCAAAUAUGGGUCAGGAAGUGGACAACAGUCUGUAACAGCUGUGGAAUCUUCAGAUGAUCACAAUAGUUAUUGGCAGAUACAACCCAAACCAGGAACCUCCUGUUUUCGAGGGGUUCCAGUAAAAUGUGACCAGACUAUCCAACUGAUGCAUGUUGCUACAAGAAGGAACUUGCAUGGUCAUCAUUUUCGUUCCCCACUUUCAAAUAAUUUAGAAGUUAGUGCCUUUGGUGAAGAUGGAGUAGGAGAUGCAGGGGAUGACUGGACAGUUAUUUGUAAAACUGGAAAUUGGUCCCGAGAAGAGCGUAUCCGAUUAAAAAAUGUUGUCACUGGAAGCUAUCUCCAUGUAAAUGGUGAUGUAUAUGGCCGACCAAUCCAAGGUCAGCGUGAGGUCAGCGCUCACGAUCAUCCUAAUGAAAAGAAUUAUUGGCAGGCAGGUGAAGGUAUUUUUAUCAAACCAGCUCUACCGAUUCACUCCCGGUUACGGAAUCAUGAUGAGUUUUAAAUGUUAUCUUACAUUCCAUCAAUUCUCAACAUCAACAAAAUCUUCAUAAUGAGGAAGGAGGAAGUUGUGGCAUUCAUCCUUCUCGACUGAGAUUCUUACAGUUCAGUUAUUUCUAACAGGAAGGAGAUUUUUUUUUUUUUUUUCCAUCCCUCUCAUUUGUUAACACGAGAAAAAAAAACCCCAAAACACUUAAUUAAAUUGAUAACAUCGAGAAGUACUCUCUCCACCAUUCUUUUCUAUACUUUGGCUACAGUGAAAAAUAUAAAAGAACAUAUCUGUAAACUGUAUCAAACAGACAUAAUCAAAACCAGAAAGUCAUCUUUUUAUUUUCCACUUUUGCAGAGAUGUGAGGACUUUAAAACUGUAAAGCAUUUCAUUUUUUUCUACCUCUUCUGAUGUACUUUUCUAUCUGCAAGAAGUAGUUUACAGUUUGUUUGAUUUUUUAUUUUAUUUAUUUUGUUAACUGACAAUAUAGUUAAAAAGCCUCACAGUCACGUGGAUUACAGAGGAAUCCAAGAUCUCUCAUAAAGUUUCUCAGAAAGCGAGAGUUAUUAAUCCUCCUACUGCUGCACCGUUCUUACAUCGACAAUAGUUCCAAGGAAACAUUCUCCUUUCUCUAAUUGGAUUUCUCUAGAAUGGACAGCAGACUCUUUCAAAGACUGAUGAGGAAAGAAAAUCUAUUUUAUAAUGUUACUAUUUAUACUGCUAUUUUAUUUAAAGAUCUUUUUUCAUUUUUUUUUUUUCUUCAGAAUAAAGAUUAAUUUAAAGAAUA